AGAAGGAGAAUAAACCCAUGGCUCUGUGAUUUUUUUUUUCUAACCAGAUGUGUGUGUAUGAUUUUUGACUCGUAGAAGAUUACAGUAGCAGAGUGCAUUGAGACCCAGAGCAAAGCCAUGACAAUGCUCACCAUUGAACAGCUCUCCUACCUGCUCAAGUUUGCCAUUCAGAAAAUGAAACAGCCAGGGAACACUAAAAAGAAAAUAUACGGCUGCACAGAGGCCUUCCUAGCUGACGCCAAGUGGAUCUUGCACAACUGCAUCAUUUAUAACGUGGAUGAAUGAAAUUGAAGUAUGUCCAGAAUGUUAUCUAGCUGCUUGCCAAAAAUGAAAUAAGUGGUUUUGCGAGCCUUGUAGCAAUCCACAUCCAUUGUUCUGGGCAAAACUGAAGGGGUUUCCAUUUUGGCCUGCAAAAGCCCUGAGGGAUAAGGACAGGCAGGUCGAUGCCCAUUUCUUUGGACAACACAACAGAGAUUUCAGAGGUGCACCAGAGGCCAACCUACUGUCCCUUGCUCGGGGAGCUCACGUCUGGGUGGAGGAGCCAAAACAUAAGCCUGAACACAGCGGAGGGAGAAUUCAAUGUGCGGCUCCUGUCAGCUUACCUCCCCAGCCCAGCUGGGGUUACAGGUGUGCACCAAGACGGACAAGCAGGAGAAGGUCAAGCUCAACUUUGACAUGACGGCCUCACCCAAGAUCCGCAUGAGCAAGCCCCUGCUGGGCGCCGGUGCAGGCUGCGUCAUUUCACUUGUCGGACAUGACAUGCUCGCCCAUGAGCACCAACUCCUUGGUGCACACGGGCUCCGAUGUGGAGCAGGACUCCCACAAGAAGGCCACCUCCAGCCACUUCAGCACCAGCGAGGAAUCCAUGGACUUCCUGGACAAGAGCAUUGGCUGGCCUUGGACUUCUGAAUACAAGGGAUCUUCCUUCCUCAGCCUCCCAAGUAGGCGUGACACAGCCUCACCAGCCUCCAUGAAGACAGGACAGGCAGGGAGUCUGUCCAGCAGCCCGAAGCCUUUCUCCCCGCAAGCGACUGCACCCAUCAUGAUGAAAACGGACAAGACAUCCACCACCGGAAGCAUCCUGAACCUUAACCUGGAUCGUAGCAAAGCCGAGAUGGACCUGAAGGAGCUGAGUGAGUCCGUGCAGCAGCAGUUCACCCCGGCGCCCCUCAUCUCCCCCAAGCGGCAGAUCUGCAGCAGGUUCCAAGUGAAUCUCAACAAGACGAUAGGGAGCUGCAAAAUACAGUUAGGUAUGGCUUCUGGUGGCUUGCUGUUCCUAAUAAUAUUUCUAAUUGUUUGUAAUGAUGACAUUCACCUGGACCAGUGAGGGUCCAGUCCUGGCUACUCUUAAUGGCUGUUCGGACCUUGAACAACUGGUGGAACUAAAAUGUAUUUCCACUCAUGGCAAAGUGUCCUGGACCUGCUAGUUAAUUAUUUAGUUGAUCCUUGGUGAAGACAGCCUUGAGGACUCAUGGUGCUGAGUUCUCCUCUGCCCCUGCCUCACCAAUUUCUCACAUCUGUCCUGAGUGGGUCUAUAGGAACCUGUCCCUGCAGGUGGGCCAGUCACUUAAUCCCUCUUGGGUCUUCCCACACAGCUUUGUAAAGCCCCCCAUUCCUGUUUACUGAAUGCCUCUGUUACAUCCUGCCCUGUGCUCAGCACAGUGCAUCCAUCAUUCUGGGAGAUUGCUACUAUUCUCAGCCUCAUUUUUUCAGAUGAAGAAUCUGAGGCUCAGAGAGGCGCAUCACUUGUUCAAGGUCACACAGCCAGUGACACCAGGAGCAGGAUUUAAAUUGUCACUAUUUUGAUUCUGGUAUCUAGUACUUACCACACAUUUGGUCCAACUUGUCUUUCUUGGGUCCAGCCAUUAGCUACACUAGCACAAACCUGAGAUCUAAAAACCUUACACGCCUGGGUGUUCUGUGUUUCUCCUAUGAUUUUGACUGGGCCCUGGUGGAGGCAGGAGUGUUUCCUACAGAUCUACCAACCUCCCGGGUCCUGGGGUCCUCGUGGCUCUUGUCCUCUUGUGGGUCUCUCUUGGUGUGUCUAGGUCAAGACAGAUGAUUCAAGAGGCCAUUGCUCCUGAGGGAAUAAGUCCAAAGAGUCGAUUAAGUUUUCAUUCUUAUUUUAAUUUUUGGGCAUAGUAUUAUUUACCUAAGGCCUGGCUACACUCCAGCAUUGCCAGAAGCACAGUGGGGCUGAGCAGAACUGCUGCUGGGGGGGGGGCUUAUCCCCUUUUUGGAGCACCUGCUGUUUUGUGCCCCCUCCCACCCUCCUUUUUUUGGGGGCAGGGCUGGGGAUUGAACCCUAGCCUUGUACAUGUGAGGUGAGCACUGUACCCACUGAGCCACAUUCCCGGCCCCUGCUCUUCCCUUUCGGUGGACAUGGGCACAUGCAAGUCCAUCUUGGCCCCUGUGAGUGGAAAAACAGUGAACAGUCCACUCUGUCCUGGGGCCGGCUGAUUAUCUUAUGACCUAGAGUUUUCUCUCUAGUGAUGCUCAUCUCUUUUGCUUAUGGUAUGAUAUCUAAAAUGGAAAUGAAUCUGUGCCCAGAAUCCUGUGAGAAACAGGGUCCACUUUUGUACACUUCUUCUGAGUUGUAGAUGGCAACUCUCUCAAAGUUCAGAGUCUCUCCUAUUCUUUGGCCCUGACAUAAUGUUGUUUGGUAUGUUUAUUUCACAACCUAUGACACAGAACUAAGUUGUCCAGUUUUUUCACCUUGCUGAGGUCAGGGUAUUCAUAGAUUUCAAACAUGGAAUAUAGCUGUGGUGAACAUAGAUAUCUCUGAGAGGUCAAGAGUGAAGUUUAGGAUGAAGCUUGAAAAAUACAUUUAUUUUUUAGUCAAUUUACACUGUCAAAAAUAAUAAUCUUUUGGAUAUUGUGCUUUAAAUUACGGCAAUUGAUUUAAGCUGUCCUUAAUUUUUAAUAGAAAUUUUUAAAUUAUACUCGUGUGUUAUAUUGUUUUUCUCUCUGGAGAAAUAUUACUGCCUUAGGGCAUUGCUUAAAUGUUUAAAAUACAAUUUGCUUUCUCAUAAGACCAGACAGCAGUAAAGUUAAAUGAAAUUUUAAAGUA